GAAAGUUGCACAUUGACCAGAUCAGGAACCUUUAGUCAGAGAUGUUGUUCAUUACGGAGCGCUUUCAGCGACGCACACUUUAAAAAUGCAUGACGUAACAUAUACCAAUGUGGAUAAAGGAAACGCACAAUGGUGAACAUAUUUAAUAACGUUUUAAUCUAUGAAGUGACCCCAAGACCCGCCGACUGAACUCAGCAAGCAGCUUUAAUAUUAAACAAAGGGCUUUUGAUCAGCUGGAACAGACACGGACUGUUUGAAUCGUGCAGUUUAUCUCUGUGAGGUCCAGAAGAUGAUAAUCAACAGCAUCACAAAGUCUGUGGCCAAGAUAAACGGUCUGUCGCGCGCUGCUGGUUGGCGUGGUCUAUCUUCUGCGUCCGGUCCAAGAGUUUGUGUUGUAGGUGGAGGUCCGGCUGGUUUUUACACAGCACAGCAGCUGCUGAAGGCUCGGCAAGAUACGCUUGUUGACAUUUAUGAACGCCUGCCCGUGCCAUUUGGACUGGUGCGGUUUGGGGUCGCCCCCGAUCACCCUGAGGUUAAGAAUGUUAUAAACACUUUCACACAGACGGCCCAUCAUGAGCGAUGCAGUUUCCAUGGUAAUGUGAACGUGGGAAAAGACGUCAGUGUUGAGGAAUUAAGGCAGGCAUACCACGCCGUCGUUUUGAGUAAUGGAGCAGAAGCAAACCGGCCCAUGGGAAUUCCUGGGGAAAACUUAUCCGGCGUCUUUGCGGCUAAAGACUUUGUUGGCUGGUACAACGGGAUUCCUGCCAAUAAGGAGUUAUGCCCUGAUCUGAGCUGUGAGACGGCCGUGAUCUUGGGACAGGGAAACGUGGCCCUGGACGUGGCCCGGAUUCUUCUUUCUCCUCUGGAGAUGUUAAAGACUACAGAUAUUACCCAGCAUGCACUGAACGCAUUAGCGGGCAGCGGCAUCCGCAGGGUCCUGAUCGUAGGCAGAAGAGGUCCUCUUCAAAUCGCAUGUACCAUCAAGGAGCUCAGAGAACUGGGGAAUCUGCCCAACAGCCGGGCAGAAAUGCUGCUCGGUGACUUUGAGGGAAUUGAAGAAACUUUAAAAGACCUCCCCAGACCGAGGAAAAGACUGACGGAGUUGUUGAUGAAAGCGGUGAAUGGAGGAGAUAAUAAAGCUGAGAAGUCCUGGAGCUUCCGCUUCUGUCGGAGUCCCGUGGAGGUUCUUGCAGGGGCUGAUGGGAAACGAGCUGCAGGAAUCCGAUUGGCUCUCAAUAAUCUCGAGGGUUCGGGAGAGAACGCGCGGGCCGUACCAACACAUCAGCUGGAGGAUGUGAACUGUGGUCUGAUCAUCAGCAGUAUUGGAUAUAAAAGCAUUCCUAUAGACCCGGCAGUGCCCUUUGACCACCGUAGGUCUGUGGUGCCCAAUGACAUGGGAAGAGUUCACGACACACCAGGCCUGUACUGCAGCGGCUGGGUCAAACGCGGACCCACGGGAGUGAUCGCCACCACCAUGAAUGACAGUUUUGAUACGGCACGUGUUAUUCUUCAGGAUAUGGAGACGGGCCAGCUGGACCUGUCAAUCAAGAAACCUGGUGCACAGGCCAUAUCUUCUCUUCUUCAAACACGAGGUGUGAGAACAGUUUUAUUUUCCGAAUGGGAGAAAAUCAACACCGAGGAGGAGCGCAGAGGAAAACCCCACGGAAAACCCAGAGAGAAACUUCUGGACGUAGAGGAGAUGCUGCAAAUCGCCUGGUCGUGAGAUCAGCGGCACCCGGACUCUGUUUGACAUGCUUGAACCGCCGCCCAGGAUGACUGUUAAGUGGGCUUUUGGUACAGACCCAAAGACCCCAAGGGUAAAACCUUUGUUUGCUACGAAAUAAAAGUUCUGUCCCUGUUUGCACAUCCUCGUGUUUUUACAAACCCACAAACCCAUAGUAUAAAACAGCAGAUGUGUAACUUACAAAAGUUGAAUGACAUGUAAAUGAUAGAAAAGAUUGCAUAUGAACAAUUGCAUUUUAAAUGAUGUUACGUGUGGCUUUAGAGGAGUUGAAAUGUACAUUAACGGGUCACACGGGGUAAUUUUAUGGUGCUUUUUAUAUUAACAAUUAUGCAUUUGGCAGACGCUUUUAUCCAAAGGGAUAAAACGAGGUGUGAUCAUUGUGUGUCGCAUCACCAGGGUUGCCAGAUCUACAUAACAAAAGCAGCCCAAGUCAACAAUAUUCCCAAACUAAAAAUGUGUCACUUUUAAAUCUAAAAUAGUUCACAGUCUUCUUUAUACAUUACACGAACAAUAACUUGAAAGUAGUAUUCAUAAACGUAGUCGGGUCUGCAGGAAAUUGGUGGACUUGGCAACCUGAGAUCAACCUUUGUGGUAAUAAAAAAGAAAGUCUUGCAGACAAAAAAAACUUUCUAUUUGGGUAAAUAAUUUCUUUAAAAGUAGGUUUUUAACCUAUUGUGCUAAAUAUGAUGAGUAAUGACUUUAUUUUUGAAUAUGCUUACAGUAUGCGUCGCCUUUUAAUGGAAAGUCUAUAAAUAUAAAUACGUGUAAUUG